AUGUCAAGCAAGGCUUCUGGGAACGGUGAGCUGUCUAAAGGACACACACUGGCGAACGGCAAGGGUUCUCCUGAAACACAGAGAGGUAAACACAGACGUGGUGAAGGGGACAGAUGGGACGCUGCAGAUACACAGAGAGAUCAACACAGACGUGGUGAAGUGGACAUAAAGGACAAAGAGGCAGACACACAGAGUGAUAAACAUAGACGUGGUGAGGGGGGCAGAGAGGACAUGGAGGCGGACACAGAGUGCGGUUUUGGCUGCAUCACUCCCGGCUAUCUGCAGUGGUGUGCCAAUAUCCACAGCUUCACGACAUUCAACAGUUUUGGCUACAUGAUGAUGUCGACUCUCGGAGCUUAUGUUGGCUCUCAGGUGACUACUCUGGAGCGACAGUUUGACCUGAACUCCAAGCAGACGGCCUUGAUCCUGACCUCCAACAAGGUCAUCUAUAUCUGCUGUGUCCUGCUGGCCAGCUACGUCGGCUCACGAGUGCACAUCCCGCGUGUCUUAGGUCUCGGGGUGAUGAUCACAGGUCUGUCAGGGAUUAUCUGCUCCUUGCCACAUUUCAUCUUCGGAGCAGACCUGGAGCAGACCGGGGGUUUGGGCGGAGGCGUCGUUGGAGGUCAACUGACGAUGACCAAUGUGACGUCACAGAUGACGGUACCCGUGGGGAAAUAUUCCCGGCAGUUGUGUGCUCAGUACAAUAUAAGUGAUGAUGGGUGUUCUACUGACUCAGGUUCCGGGAGAGAGCUGAGCGAAGCCCGCCAACGCCUGGCCCACACCUCCAUGGUCAUCAUCGUAUCGGGCAUGAUGCUACACGGACUGGGUCGCUCGCCGCGCUUCUCCUACGCCGUUACCUACACUGACGACAACACUGCUAGGACCAGCACUGGAUUCAAUGUGGACACUCACCUCAACCCCAAAGACUCGGACUGGGUGGGCGCCUGGUGGCUAGGCUUCGUGCUCCUGGGCAUUGUCAGCAUGCUUGCCUCCCUUCCCUUGUUCUGCUUUCCCAGACGCCUUCCCAAACCGGAACCUGGACAGAAGACGGAGGAGCAACAGCCCAUGAACCAAGGAGCUCAAGACAGCAGCAUACAACACAAUUCGCCAUCGAAUGGUUCCCCUGCCAUCAACAACAACGACGACGACGUCAGCGUGCCAGAGGUUUACGUCCUUGACCAACAGAGUCGGGAGAGAGAGGUAGAGAGUACAGGACUACAACGGUGGUGCUGGAUCAUCGCAGUCUGGAGGACAGCUCGGAACGUGUUUUUCCUGCCCUGCCUUCGCCUGCUGGGUAACCCGGUGUACAUGUUGAUGAACGCCGGGGGGGUGUUCAUCAUCUUCGCAGUCAGCGGGACUGCCUACAGCGCCAAGUACUUGGAGAGAGUCUUUGAUAUGCCGGCUUACAAGGCCAACUAUACCCUGAGUGCCAUUUUCCUGGUCUCUAAAUGUCUGGGCACAUUCCUCGGAGGCUACUUCAGCAAGCGCCUCAAGUUGUCCGCGUAUGGCGCUAUCAAGACAACUAUGGCGGGUUUUUUACUGACUCUGCUGGCUAAUUUGGCGGGACUUUUGUUCUACUGUGAUCAGCCGACAGUGCACAGAGCACCUGGGAGUGAGGGUGAGUUCUGUGCGGACUACGACUGCUCGUGCGCUGAGCAUGACUUCCUCCCCAUCUGUGGUUCGGACGGCAAGACGUACUUCUCUCCUUGUAGAGCUCAGUGUCACAGCUACACAGACAACACCUUCGCCAACUGCUCUUGUAUCCCUGGAGAUGGUCAAGCCAAGCCAGGCAUGUGUGACUACGGCUGUGACUACUUCUACCCUUACGUCGUGUUCGCCUGUCUGUGCGCUAUGGUCCAGACCUUCACCAUCAUGCCCAAGACCUUCGCCAACUGCUCUUGUAUCCCUGGAGAUGGUCAAGCCAAGCCAGGCAUGUGUGACUACGGCUGUGACUACUUCUACCCUUACGUCGUGUUCGCCUGUCUGUGCGCUAUGGUCCAGACCUUCACCAUCAUGCCCAAGGUCAUUGUGUUCAUCAGGGUAACUGCAUCUUCUACUAGACUUGUGUACCUCUUUCAACUCAAGGUUGACCCUAGGGCUGGCUAG